GUGCAUUAUGCCAUAGAUUUUCAUACACUUUAUUUUUAGGACCAUUAACAUGCAUUUAUACUGAGGCUCAGGUGUGAGUCAAAUUGACCAGAAUAUGAUAUUCCCACAAGUGCUCCUUUAUAUUAACAGUGCGAUCACUGAUGUCACAGAAGACCUAAUUUUGCCAAGACUCCUAAGCCAAGCCAAGAAAGCUGAUUAGGAAGAAUCCUAAUUUACCGAUGCCUGUGUCCCUAGAAAGGGACUCUACAGGAAGAUUAUCGCUGUCCCUCCCUCUGUGAUCUCCUGCCUGCCACGCGGAUGGCUAAUUCACAAACAUAGGGGUUUGCUUCUCUAAAGCUGAUUAUAUCCCACGUUGUUUGCAAGGUUGUAACAGCUAAAGAGGUAUCAGAACUACACCAAAGAAAGGAUUCAGCUGAUCAUUCAUAUUUAUUAUACCUCAAAGGAGUAAAUACAAUAAAUUUAGAUUUGAAGAGACUUCAGGAUUUGAAUGUGACAGCCAGGAACCGUGUCUGGGGCAAACAGGUGAUGCUGGGUACUGAAGGCUGCCUGCAGUUAGGAAUCUGGAAAUAACUAUGGAGGGGGACAUGAAUGUGCGUCAACAAAAGCUGAACCACCAGCGAAACCUAUUUCAAGAGAAGCAAAGAAGAAAGCGAGAAGAGCCUCUGAUGUUCCAAGCAAACCCAGACGUCAAGGGAAAGCCUAGGCGCACACGGAAGACUGAAGAUCAGGCGCCUCUUGUGGAUUCCUGCAGCGUUUCCAGUAUUUAUAUGGGUGCCAACAACCCUUCCAUGUCAGAGGAACAUUCAGGCUCUUCUCCCACCGGGCUUAAAGCUGAACCAGACAGCAAUACAAGCAACGCAGAUGAACAAGACUAUUCUUGUGAAGACAUAGAGGAAACUAUCCUUGAAGACACCAAACCCCUCAAUAACAAGGGGCAUCUGGUCACAGCCAGAAGGAGGCAGAAAACCAAGGCAAAGACUGGAAAGUGGGACUUGAAAGAAAGCAAAACAAAGGCACAGACAGCCUCCUGCAAAAGUUCAAAGAAGUCAAAAUCACCUCCUGCCAAAGAUGCUGAGAAGGAAAAUACACCGCAGGAGAAAGGUUUUGAUGACGUAGCUGCUUUCCAUGAUGAGCUACAAGAAAUGCACACUAAUACAUCCUUCCCAGUACAACACUCAAGCGAAGAGGGAGAAAGCUCAUUUACUGUUGGUGACCGAAAAAUUCCACCAGCCCCUGUAAAAAGGCGUAAUAAGAAGAAAACGACAAAGCCAGGGCACUCCAGAACAAAGUGUCACAGCAGUAAGGAAAGAGUCGCACAAGCCACAGAGGAGGAUGAUUUUGAUGGAGAGUCAGAUAUUUUAAGUAGUGUUGUUUAUACAAGGCCUGUAUCUACCUCCAGCAGGGAGGAAGAUACACACUUGGCAGCAGCAAUUGAAAUAGAUGAUCUUGAAGGUUUUGCUUUGCGUCCAGCUCCCAAUAACAUGAUCUUUCAGUGCCGAAUCACCAGGGAUAAGAAAGGAGUAGAUAAAGGCAUCUACCCUACUUACUACUUGCACCUAGAGAGAGAUGAUGGAAAGAGGCUUUUCCUUAUGGCUGGAAGAAAGAGAAAGAAAUGUAAGACCUCAAACUAUCUAAUCUCUGUGGACCCCACCGACCUCUCCCGAGAUGGAGACAGCUUCAUUGGAAAAGUCAGGUCAAACAUGCUGGGUACCAAAUUUACCGUAUUUGACAAUGGAGUAAACCCAGAUACCAAGCCUUUUGUACAGGAGAGGGAAUCCCUCAGACAGGAGCUUGUGUCCAUAUGUUAUGAAACCAAUGUAUUGGGCUUCAGAGGUCCCCGUAAAAUGACUGUUAUUAUUCCCAGCAUGAAUAUGGAGGGGGAGAGAGUGUCCAUCCGACCACGGAAUGAACAUGAAACCCUUCUCUCUAGAUUUCAAACCGGGAACAUGGAAAACAUAAUAGCAUUGCAGAACAAGGCGCCGUCAUGGAAUGAGGAGACCCAGUCAUUUGUGCUAAACUUUCACGGUCGUGUUACACAGGCAUCAGUGAAGAAUUUCCAGAUUAUAUCUCCCGAAGAUCCGGAAUACAUAAUCAUGCAGUUUGGCCGCGUAGCAGAAGAUGUGUUCACCAUGGAUUUCCAAUACCCGCUGUGCGCAUUGCAGGCAUUUUCCAUCUGCCUCUCCAGCUUCGACAGCAAACUUGCCUGUGAAUAGAGAGAUUAUACCAAAGCCGGAGAUGAUUGAUUUGUUUGUGUAUAUUUUUUAUUUAAACUGUGCAAUUCUAUAAUUAUUUCUGCCUUUAUUAGAUAGAGGUUUUAUAAAUAAAUACAUUCUGUUCAUAUUC